AUGAUGUCCUCCCAUGCUCACUCGUCCUCCUCCACCAACAACGUCGUCGGCGUCCACUACCGAGUUGGCAAGAAGGUUGGCGAGGGCUCCUUCGGCGUCAUCUUUGAAGGCACGAACUUGCUCAACUCUCAGACAGUUGCUAUCAAAUUCGAACCUAGGAAGGCGGAAGCUCCUCAGCUGCGCGACGAGUGUCGGUCAUACCGAAUUCUUGCCGGAUGCGUCGGGAUCCCGCAAAUAUACCACUUCGGCCAGGAGGGGCUGCACAAUAUCCUCGUCAUCGACCUCCUCGGCCCCAGCCUCGAGGACCUAUUCGACAUGUGCGGGCGCAAGUUCUCCAUCAAGACCGUGUGCAUGGCUGCGCGGCAAAUGCUCUCGCGCGUGCAGACGAUACACGAGAAGAACCUCAUCUACCGUGACAUCAAGCCGGAUAACUUCCUCAUUGGCCGGCCGGGCACCAAGAAUGCGAAUGUGAUCCAUGUCGUCGACUUCGGUAUGGCAAAGCAAUACCGUGAUCCCCGGACCAAGCAGCACAUUCCGUACCGGGAACGGAAGAGCCUCAGCGGGACAGCUCGCUACAUGAGCAUUAACACACACUUGGGACGGGAGCAGUCCCGGAGGGACGAUUUGGAAGCGCUUGGUCAUGUUUUCAUGUAUUUUCUUAGGGGCAGUCUGCCAUGGCAAGGCCUGAAGGCCGCGACUAACAAGCAGAAGUACGAGAAGAUCGGAGAGAAGAAGCAGACAACACCUAUCAAGGAGUUGUGUGAGGGCUUCCCCGAGGAGUUCGGGAUUUACUUGAACUACGUACGGAAGCUAGGCUUUGAGGAAACACCCGACUACGAUUUCUUGCGGGAGCUCUUCGGCAAAGUCAUGAAGAAUAAUAAUGACGUUGACGACGGGGUGUACGACUGGAAUCUACUCAACAGUGGAAAAGGUUGGGAAGCGUCCCUUGGUCAGAACCAGAUACUCGCCCAAAUACAGAAUACGGGGCCUGGAAAUGUCGGGCAGGAUCGCCGCCGAGAUAUCGAGCGCCAAGCGCGCGAAGAGAGGAGGCGGGCAUCUCAAGCAGGCGGUCCGGGAGUUGUCCCACCCUCGCCCGCACUCGUCCGGCACGGUUCGAAACAGCGCCCGAUACCCGCCGCACUCACACCCGGAGGCGGGAACACUCCCGGACAGGUUACCCCGCAGUCCGCCGCGGCGCAUGUCGAUAUCGCUGUUGGGAGCAUGCAGCGGCGGGUCAGCCAGCAGCCAAGCGCGCAGCAGCAUCCAUAUGCAAAUGUGGGUCAUGAAGUGUAUGGUCGAGAUCAGGCAAUGGAUGAGUACUCUGCGAACCAGCAGCAGGCGUACGGACGUGCAUCGCCAAUGGUGUCCAGCGUCGGCGCGGCACCACCGGCGCUCAGUAACGUCCGCGCGCACGGUGGCGAGAUCGGGGUAGCAAAUGGGGGCGACUUCCUCGGGCAGCAAGAGCCAGCACCACCAAAGAACAUGCUGUGGAAGAUCCUGACGUGUCGAUGUGGAUGA